CACCAGGAGGGGCUGUAUCAAAGGCACCAUGAGCAAAAUCAGCGAGGUCGUGCAGCGGGCCAGAGCCGCCUUCAACUCGGGCAAGACUCGCCCCCUGCAGUUCCGGAUCCAGCAGCUGGAGGGGCUGCGGCGCAUGAUCAAGGAGCGCGAGAAGGACAUCGCGGGCGCGCUGACCGCUGACCUCCACAAGAACGAAUGGAACGCCUACUAUGAGGAGGUGGUGUAUGUCCUGGAGGAGAUUGAGUAUAUGAUCAAGAAGCUCCCCGAGUGGGCUGCAGACGAGCCCAUGGAAAGGACUGCCCAGACCCAGCUGGAUGAGUCCUACAUCCACUGGGAGCCCCUGGGCGUGGUCCUCAUCAUCAGUGCCUGGAACAACCCCUUCAACCUCGCCAUCCAGCCUAUGGUGGGAGCCAUAGCUGCAGGGAAUGCAGUGGUCAUCAAGCCCUCGGAGCUAAGUGAGAACAUGGCGAACCUGCUGGCCACCAUCAUCCCUCAGUACGUGGACAAGGAUCUGUACGCCGUCAUCAAUGGGGGCAUCUCUGAGACCACAGAGGUGCUCAAAGAGAGAUUCGACCACAUCCUGUACACGGGAAGCACAGGUGUGGGGAAGAUCAUCAUGAUGGCCGCGGCCAAGCACCUGACCCCCAUCACCCUGGAGCUGGGGGGAAAGAACCCCUGCUACGUGGACAAGGACUGUGAUCUGGACAUUGCCUGCAGACGCAUCGCCUGGGGGAAGUUCAUGAACAGCGGCCAGACCUGCGUGGGUCCUGACUACAUCCUCUGUGACCCCUCCAUCCAGAACCAAAUCGUGGAGAAGCUCAAGAAGUCCCUGAAAGAGUUCUACGGGGAGGAUGCCAAGAAGUCCCGUGACUACGGAAGAAUCAUUAACUCCCACCACUUCCAGAGGGUGAUGGGCCUGAUGGAGGGCCAGAAGGUCGCCUAUGGAGGCACUGGGGAUGCAGCCACCAGAUACAUAGCCCCCACCAUCCUCACGGACGUGGACCCCCAGUCCCAGGUGAUGCAGGAGGAGAUCUUCGGGCCCAUAUUGCCCAUCGUGUGUGUGCGCAGCCUGGAGGAGGCCAUCGAGUUCAUCAGCCAGCGCGAGAAGCCCCUGGCUCUCUAUGUGUUCUCCCUAAAUGACAAGGUGAUUAAGAAGAUGAUCGCAGAGACAUCGAGCGGCGGGGUGACGGCCAACGACGUCUUCGUCCACGUCACCCUGCACUCUCUGCCCUACGGGGGCGUGGGGAACAGCGGCAUGGGAUCCUACCACGGCAAGAAGAGCUUCGAGACCUUCUCCCACCGCCGUUCUUGUCUGGUGAGGCCUCUGCUGAACGAUGAGUCCCUCAAAGCCAGAUACCCCCCGAGCCUGGUCAAGAUGGCGGGUCACUGAAGCGGCUGCACUUGGUCUCCCCACGCUGCGCCCUCGCCCUGCUCUCCAGCCCCUCUGAGAAUUGCUCCUGGUGCCCCCCUUGCUCCUCUGUGGAUCAGUGCAUGCCCCCACUCCUGUUCGGGCCCUGGGCCUCACCCCCGCAGUCCUUGCCCCUUUGCUGGACACAUGGAGACCAAUAAAAGUUUUCCAGCCAAA